AUGGUGAGAAAGCAUGGUUGGCAGUUGCCUGCACACACCUUUCAGGUUGUUGCCAUCACGGUAUUCUGCUUGCUGGUGGUAGCAUUUUAUGCCUUCUUUGCCCCUUUUCUUGGAGGUAGAAUAUGGGAGUAUGUUCUGAUUGGUGCCUAUUCACCAGUGGCACUGUUGGUUUUCAUUCUUUAUGUCCGGUCCACUGCAAUUAAUCCUGCUGACCCUGGUAUCAUGUUUAAAUUUGAUCCCGAUUUAAUGCACGAGACUAAUGAAAAGCACGGAUUAAGUGCCGCUGGUCAGACCACAAAAUAUGAUGGAGUCAGCAUUGGGACUCAUUCAUGUGCAUCUUCACCUUCCCGAAGCUCCUUUGCAGGAGCUAACUCUGGCAGGAAAGGUUCGGUUGAGUCUUUAAAGUCCAAUGCGCAAGUCCAAUCUCCAAAAAGGAGCUCCACUUGCUGUUUUCUUGGAGGAAUAUUCUGUGCUAUAUUUGUUCUUGAAGAUUGCCGCAAACAAGACGGGGCAGAUGAUCAAGAAGGUACGGGUGAGGAUGCAUUGUUUUGCACGCUAUGCAAUGCAGAGGUUCGCAAGUUCAGCAAACAUUGUCGAAGUUGUGACAAGUGUGUGGAUGGAUUUGAUCACCAUUGUCGUUGGCUAAAUAACUGUGUGGGUCGGAAGAACUAUGUAACGUUCAUCUCACUUAUGGCCGUGAGUUUAGUAUGGCUCGUACUUGAAGCUGGAGUUGGUAUUGGUGUUCUGGUUCGUUGCUUUGUCAAUAAGAGUCAUAUGGAAGCUGAAAUAGUCGAUAAGCUUGGAAAUGGUUUCACUCGUGCCCCAUUUGCGACUGUUGUGGCUUUAUGUACAGCGGUCUCUGUGUUGGCCUGCGUUCCAUUAGGGGAGCUUUUCUUUUUCCACAUGAUAUUAAUUAGAAAGGGCAUUACAACUUAUGAAUAUGUUGUGGCAAUGCGAGCCAUUAGUGAAGCACCGGCUGGAGCAUCAGUAGAUGAGGAACUCCCAAAUAUCUUAUAUUCUCCAUCUGGAUCUGCCACUACUGGUUUUAGCGGUGGUAGCUCUUUGGGACUUCAAUACAAAGGAGCAUGGUGCACCCCACCUAGAGUCUUCGUAGAUUACCAGGAAGAAGUUGCUCCGCAGCUGGGUCCCGGUAUGGUUCCAUCAACAGUCGACCCGGAUGCUAACGAUAUUAAUAAGGGUAAAAAGGGACCGAAAAAGGGCGUCAAAAUCAGUGCUUGGAAGCUCGCCAAGCUGGAUUCGAACGAGGCCAUGAGAGCCGCAGCCAAAGCCAGAGCCUCAUCCUCUGUUCUGCGCCCGCUCGAAAAUCGGCGUGGGCCCGACUCCGAACUCAGCUCUAGCGAGAACGCAAGCAUUCGCAGUAGCAUGAGUGCUGACACAGCUGGAGUAAAUAACAACAGUAAUAAAGACUCACACUUGAGAAAAGACUCUUAUGCCCCCAGCCAGAGCCAAGCCAGCCGGGACGAGUACGAGACAGGCACCCAGAGUGCAAGCAGCUUCAGCAGCCCGGCCCAUGGUCACGAGUCGGUCACACUCAGCCCGCUCCCCCAGCCUCGUGACUCGAACCAACAGCUGAAUAGUAGCUUGGUUUUGGGGUUCAGAAACAGACCGGGGAUCGAGCAGAGGAAUAAUAGCAUUGCAGAUCCACUUCUGCUCGUGGGCCCCACUGUUCAGGCGGCCUCGUUAAUUAGGGACGUGAAGAGAACAUCGGUCGUUUGGGAUCAGGAAGCCGGGCGGUACGUGUCGGUUCCAGUGACUGCUGCCGAGGCUCGUAAAAAGACGAUUUUACCCUCCACGGGCAAUCAAGAUGGUGGUGGUAAUAAUAAGGCUUCUUCUGGGGCGAAACAGUCGGAUAAACUGAUGUACACUGGGGAGUCGAUUUUUUUUGGGGGCCCGCUUUUGGGUGGCCCAAUGAAAGAUGGGCCGAGAAGUGAAGGGGCGUCUAGCUCGAGAGAAGGGAUGGAUAGGUACUCGAUAGGUUUGCCGAGGGAAUCGAGGUUUAAGAGGGACUCUGUCUCGAACCAGCUUCCGAUUUUUGUUCCUGGGAAUUUCGACUCGAAUCUUCCUUCCGUAUCAGGCAUGAAGUCCGUAGCUAUGGAGAGAUCCGACGUGAAGGAUUUCAAUGACUUCAUCAGCGCCUCUACCAGCUCAGCUUCUGUGGUUGAUUUUCUUCAAACUGGGGAAGAGUUGAAUGAGUAUCAUUUGUUUGAGAAAGAUGAGGGCUCAGGAUUAGGAUCAUUAUCUGAGUUAGAUGAUUUGGCCACUACAUUUGCAAAGUUGAACAAAGAUGUUUCAGGACCAAGACAUCCUGGAGUUAUUGGUGAUCGAGGAUCUGGAUCAUUCUCUAGGGGGAGUUCAUCAGCUACAGAAUGGACGAGAGAUGCAGACUUUCCUGAUUGGUUAGACCAUCACAUAUCCGAUUCUGAAUGUUACGAAGAAAGCAACAGAUGGUCAUCCCAACCUCAUCUCUCAUCUAUGAUGAAUCUUCCGGAAUCUAAACUGUUACACCGAACAUCGUCGUACCCCAUCCAACAGCAACAGUUGCCCCACUUCUCUAGUGACCCAACUUUAUACCCAAAGCAGUCUUUCACUUCCUUCCCUCCACCAGGUUCCCAACAAAUCUCGCGCAACAAUUUGCAUUAUCUCAACUUGUCGUCACCUCUUCCCAGUGGGCCACCAUCGCCUUUCUCCACACAGAGCAGCUCACCAUUUUCUAGCUCCUCUGCCCAUUUGCCUGGCUUGUCUCAUGGGUACCAUUAUAAUAACACUAACUUGGCACACCUAAUUUCCCCUAAUCUAUCUCUUCAUAACAAUCACCUCCAAAACCACGGGAUUAGCCGGGCCGGGCUCCUUCACAGCGACCACUCAGUCCUCCUACGCAAUAUCCGGCAGCAACAGUACCAAAACGAGUGGUUAUUACCUUCACACCUAACUUCUCCGCAGGUCCUGAGGCGGCACCUCUCGUUACAAUCAUCUUUACCCCAUUAUUCAGCUCUACAGUCUGGAAUAUUCAACAGUGCCCCUUUACAGCCCCAUCGGAAUAAAUAUGCUGCUGCUGAUAGGAAAGAGUCAAAACAACACAGAUCGACCCAAAAGGGGAAAAAUUCCGUGCGGUUCUCGAAUUAUGGUGGUUCAGAAGGUAGUGGGAGCAGCAAUGUGGCACAAUUUCGAUCCAAGUACAUGACGGCUGAUGAAAUCGAUAGCAUCCUUAAACUGCAGCAAGCUGCGGCCCACGCAAACGAUCCUUAUGUGGACGAUUACUACCACCAGGCCCGCCUCGCCAAGAAAUCGGCCGAGACGAGGUCGAAAUUCCGUUUUUGCCCCUCCCACUCGAGGGAACAGUCGGGGUCCCGGUCCCGCAACAAUCCCGAGCCGCAGCCGCACCUCCGUGUCGACGCUCACGGGCGGGUCUGUUUCUCUUCCGUUCGUAGGCCCGGCCCGCUUCUCAAUGCGGACCCUCCUCCAUUAGCAUGUGGGGAUAGUGACCCUGAGCAAAAACCUUCCGGAAAGUCCCUGGAGCAAGAGCCAAUGCUCGCGGCUCGGGUGACAAUCGAGGAUGGUUUUUGCCUCCUUCUCGAUGUGGACGACAUUGACCGGAUUAUGCAGUCCAGUCAGCAUCAGGAGGGUGGUGGGGUCCAGUCCAGGCGCAAGCGCCAUAUUCUACUCGAAGGCCUGGCCGCUUCCCUUCAGCUGGUGGACCCGCUCGGGAAAGGGGGAAACUCGGUCGGGUUGUCCCCGAAGGACGAUAUUGUUUUUCUACGGAUUGUCUCUGUCGCCAAGGGUUGUAAGCUCAUUUCUAGGUUCCUCCAGCUCCUUCUUCCGGGCAGCGAGCUUGCCCGGAUAGUUUGCAUGGCCAUUUUCCGACACCUUAGAUUUCUGUUCGGGGGCCUUCCGGAUGAUUCCGAGGCGGCUGAUACCAUCAAUGCCCUGGCUAAAACGGUCGCUGUUUGUGUUAACGGUAUGGACCUUAAUGCCCUCAGUGCUUGUCUUGCAGCUGUAGUUUGCUCAUCCGAACAGCCACCACUUCGCCCUUUUGGGAGUCUGUCUGGUGAUGGAGCUUCGGUUAUCUUGAAAUCUGUUUUGGAACGAGCUACUCAAUUGUUGAAUGAUCGUCAGUCAACUGUUAACAGUUUCACCGUGGCUAAUCCCGCCCUAUGGCAGGCCUCGUUCGAUGCUUUCUUUGGUCUUCUGACGAAAUAUUGUGCAAGUAAAUAUGAUAGUAUAAUGCAGUCGAUUAUUGCACAAAACCCACAGAAUACAGAGAUAGUUUAUGCAGAGGGCGCCAGAGCUGCCAGCCGGGAGAUGCCAGUUGAGCUCCUGCGAGCCAGUGUCCCGCACACUGACGAGAGCCAAAAGAAGUUGUUAAUAAAUUUUGCUCGACGAUCGAUGUCUGUCACUGGUCUCAACGGCCAUGGUGGGAAUAGCGGGCAAGCGAUAACUGAUAGAAGUUUGUGA